AUGUCCACCCCUUCAACCCCCAAAGUAACCCUCUACACCUACUUCCGCUCCUCCUGCUCCGCACGCCUCCGCAUCGCCCUCGCUCUCAAAUCCAUCCCAUACACCCCGAUCCCAAUCAACCUACUCAAGGGAGAGCAAUCCAGCACCCAGAACACAACCGUGAACCCCUCCGCCACCGUUCCAACCCUCAUAAUCGAACAACCCAACCAACCGGCAACCACAAUAACCCAGUCCCUCGCCGCGCUGGAAUACCUCGACGAAGCCUUCCCCAACUCCCCACUCCUCCCACCACCCUCCAACCCAGCCCUCCGCGCCCUUGUCCGAACCCUCUCCUCAAUAGUCGCCUGCGACAUCCAACCCGUAACAAACCUCCGCAUCCUGAAACGCGUGGCGCCAUUCGGCGUCGACCGCGCCGCCUGGUCCAAGGAUCUAAUCGAGGACGGGUUCGCAGCAUACGAGGCACUUGCGUCGCAAUCUGCGGGGAAAUUCAGCGUUGGAGACACGGUUACAAUGGCGGACGUGUGCUUGAUCCCCGCGGUUUGGGGUGCGGAGCGCGCGGGUGUGGACUUGGGGCGGUUCCCUACUAUCAAGCGUGUUGCGGAGGCGUUGGAGAGGGAGGAUGCUGUUAGGGUGGGGCAUUGGACGACGCAGGCCGAUACGCCGGAGGAGUUUAGGGCUUAG